AUGGAGGACAGGAAGAGGCCCGCCAUCGGCGGUGCCGAUGAUCUCGCUGCUCCUCCGAGCAAGCGAGUGGCCGUGAAUGGAUCCAAGACGAAAGAUGAUGCGAUAGAGAUGAAGGAAGAAGGCUGGAUCGAGAACUACGCCAAAGGAGCAAUAUACCGCCAGAUGCAAGAAUACAGUCGCAAGGCUGCGACAGCAGAGUCACGUCUCGAAGAACUGCACAAGCGAUGCGUACAUCAUGAUGAUCACCUACGAAUUAUUGACGGCUGGUGGCGCCAAUUACUUGAGGAAUUGGAAGUCGUAGCAGAGCCUACAAUAUCAGGCAAUGCACCAACAUCAGAACCUCCGUAUCUCAGUGCCAUCGGGUUUAAGGACUUGAACGAGUUUCAAAACCAUCUAUCAGAUAAAGGUAAAACUAUAAAGACGAAGGCAGAGUCAUUGCUCAGCCGCCUUGCCUCUCAGCGUGGCUCCCUUAGCCCUGAAGCUGCUACAUUGGAGGCCAAGGUGAACAAUCUACUCGCCGCGCAGAAGGAAUAUAUGCUCAAGCUGGAUCGGUUGAAUACGGAAAAAGAUCAACUAUCAGAGCAACUGAACGCCGCCACAUUAAGAUACUUUAAGGCCGAAAAGAAGCUGGAUCGAGCGAAAAGUUCACAAGUGCAAAAGUUGGAGCAACAAGCUUUUGCAAAUGCUACACGUCCAGCUGGAGCGGCGGCGGCAGCGGCAGCGGCAGCAGCGUCCAGUGAAGUUGGGUCAGAUCAACAUGAGGUGAACGGUUCGUCGGAUGAACUAUUACUCAAAUAUGAGGAAGCAACGGCGUCUUCAGCGAAGCAGAAGGAACAACUUGAUUCUAUUCUGUCUGAGUUGAAAACAGCACAAGACGAAAAUUCAACACUCAAAGCGCGCCAAAAUACCUGGACAGAUGAAGAUUUUAUCCGGACAGAUGUAUUCAAGCAGUUCAAGGCGCAAAAUGAGGAUCUUAUUAAGCGAAUUAACAACCUGGAGGCCACGAAUAAGCAACUUCGGGAAGAAGCUGAGAAGUUGCAGGCAGAGCGGACGUCGUAUAAAACCCAGUUGGAAGCCGAUGCAAAUCAAGUAACCCAGGAGCUGGAGGCCGACAUCAUGACUAGAGAUCAGGACCUUGCUCGUGUUCGUUCUGCGAGGGACGAAAUUCUUGCCGAGAAUACACAACGAAAAGCCAGCAUGGAGCAAGAGAAGACAUCAAUGGGACACGUUAAAGACUUGAUUAGUGCUAAAGACGAUCGCAUUGCGGCAUUGGAAUCUCGACUUUCGCGGCUUGAACCUGCCGAGGACCAGGAAAUGACAAACACGGAUGACCUCACCGAUGUUUCCGAGGAUGACCUGCGCCAAAGGUAUAAAAAGUUACAACAAGACUUCCAAUCCAUCAACCAAGAACUCCCAUCCAUCGAAAAGGCAUACAAGAAAAUGAAAGAUCAGGCCCAGAAGAGGGUAUUGGACUUUGUAGCAAUGGAGGAGAAGGUGUCGCUUUUGAUUGCAGAGAAGAGUAAGGCGGAUCAGAAGUAUUUCGCAGCAAGAAAGGAUGCCGACACCCGAAACAACGAGAUAAGAUCGCUGCGGCACCAGAACAGCAAGAGCACCGAGAUCAUUGCUCAGUUGAAGGACCUGGAGGCCCAGAAUAGACUACUUCUUGGGAAUUUGGAGAAGCAGGUUGCCGACUUGAAGCAGUCAAAUGCUGUUUUGACGGCGGAGAAUAAGAAGAUGGAAUCGACCAGUCUAGAGGCUGUGAGACGUUCUGAUUCUCUGAACCGACAGAUCGGCGACUUGACAAGCUUGGUGAAGUCUCGAGACAAUGCAUCAGCAGCCGUGCGAGAGCGCAACACAGUGCAGGAAGCAGAAGUCGAGAAGCUCAAGGUUCGAAUUGAGCACGCGCAAAAGGACCGAGAUAACUGGAAAAACAAGGCUUUGAGCAACUCGUCGGAGGAAGAGGAAAUGCUCCGGGAACAAUUUUAA